CACAUACUCAACACACACUUCGUUGCCAAAAAAACAAUGGAUUUGAGGCUUGUGGUUUAACAUCAUUUAAAUAUGACGUUGUUUUAUAAUUUUGAUAUAGGAUAUUUUGUGGAAAUGGAAGAAGACGUUCGAAAUCGUUCUAAUUAGGAUACAGUUUCACUUUGAAUGUGAUGAAACUUAACCCACUUCAACUCAACUGAACUGUAUUUCUGAAGUGUUUCACGAAUGGCUGUGUCGUGUUCAGUUAGCGAGUGCGGAAAUAUUUAUAAACUGAGUGUCAAAUUAAUUAUUCUAUUCUAGUACUAAUAAUUUAAAUUUUAAAUAUAGAUCUAGUCCCAAAUCAGCAGUCAUUGAAAUAUUAAUAUUGUGUUACGAAGACAAUUAGGAUUAGGCCAUAUUAAUUUAAUUUAAAAAUAUAAGAGAGUCAACAGUCUACAGAACUGGAAAAGUCAUUGUUAGCCAAAAAUUAAAAGUAUAAUACUCAUCAUAGGACAGGUCUAUAUUUUAUUAUUCACAACAGGCUAUCAUAAUAGUAUUAAUAUUGUUACUCUCUGUUGUUAAAGACAAAACAUUAAAACUAGUCUUCAAAUUCUUAGCACGAAAUCAAGUGCUCAUUCUGUCACCAAGAUGGGAAUUGCACGUCGCAUACUUAAUUUUAUUCUGCCUAAUAGAGGUGUGGGGCCAAAUUUUCGGAGAGUAGUUCCGAAUCAUACAGUGGAUCCAAACAUCAAAAUCAAGCACAAGGCACAUCCUAAUUAUGGAUUUAAAGAUAAUGCCAUCAAGACCACUCGCUACACAAUAAUUACCUUCCUGCCGAAAAACUUGUUUGAGCAGUUUCAUCGCUUCGCCAACAUAUAUUUUAUUUUUGUUGUUGCGCUUAACUGGGUACCUGAAGUCAAUGCUUUUGCAAAGGAAGUCGCUGCUCUACCAGUUUUGUUUGUCUUAGCAGUGACUGCAGCUAAAGAUGCCUUUGAAGAUUUUAGGCGCUACCGGUCAGACAAACAAAUCAACAGCCACACAUGUCGUGUCUUUUCAGUGUCAGAGCAACGUUAUGUGAGGUGCAACUGGUCAAAUGUUUACCCAGGGGAUUUUGUUCAUCUGUCAUGUAAUGAAAUCAUACCAGCGGACAUCUUAUUUAUACGGUCCAGUGAUGUCCAGGGGAUCUGUCACAUAGAGACCAGCAACAUUGAUGGUGAGACCAACCUAAAACAACGGCAAAUUGUGGAAGGUUUCGCCACUGUGUCUGAGACGAGAGACUUUGUCCCCACCAUGUUUCCGUAUACAGUUGAGAUUGACCAACCCAACUCAGAGAUUUAUUCCUUCCGUGGUUUUCUUAAAAUGGAGAAUGAGACAGUGUCCCUAUGUAACAGCAACCUGCUGCAGCGUGGCUGUGUUAUCAGAAACACAGAUUACAUUGAGGGCAUGGUGGUCUAUGCAGGGGCAGAGACCAAGGCCAUGAUGAACAACAAAGGGCCAAGACACAAGAUCAGUCAGCUGGAGGCCAAGAUCAAUCGGGAUGUGAUUUGGUGUGUCAUACUGCUCUUGUUCCUUUGUUUCUUCUGUGCCAUUGGGAGUGGGAUCUGGCUGGCAGACUACAACAACCCCAACCUGGUGCCCUUCAUUUCUUUUGGUGACCUUGACCAGUACAGUCCACUAUACCAGGGGUUUAUUGUCUUCUGGACCUACAUCAUCAUCUUCCAGUCUGUGAUCCCACUGCCGCUGUACGUGUCUCUGGAGCUGGUCAAGCUUGGCCAGAUCUACUUCAUCAUGCAAGACAUAGAGAUGUACGACCAGGAGAGGGACAAACCCAUGGAGUGCCGGGCCCUGAACAUCACGGAGGACCUGGGGCAGAUUGAAUACAUUUUCUCCGACAAAACUGGCACGCUGACAGAGAACAGGAUGGAGUUCAAAUCCUGCACAGUGGGCGGGGUCAACUACAACCAUCUGCCUAGGGACGAUGAGAUAGACAGCCAGAGUGAUUUUGACAGCCGCAUAUCAUUUGCUGGACUUAGUAGAACUAGCUCUAUCUUUGAAAACCUGCACUUGGACCCGGCCCUACAGAGGGAGGUCUCCAACAUGUGUCUGCGGAGUUUAAACAGCAUCGACCUGAGCAUCCCACCCCACGUCAAGCAGGUCCAGGAGUUCUUUCUGCUGAUGGCUGUCUGCAACACUGUCGUUGUGUCCUACGUCCACUCUGAUUCUAUGGAUGACAGUGGAUAUAUUCCAGAGAGUGAACAUCCGAGGGACCAGCUCCCACCUGCCAAAGUUCCAGACAAACCAAACCAUAGAGGCCCUCCUGGCACACCUCUCUCCCAUCACUCCAGGUCUACCUUGUCUCUUUCUGCUUCUGAGAAUGGAGAUCUGGCAUCAGAAGGGAGUGUCACUGGGUCGUCCUUUAUGUCUGAUGGCUCUCAGAAAAAUCACUACGAGGCAGAGAGCCCAGAUGAGCUGGCAUUGGUCAAAGCUGCCAACACGUACGGCUGUAAGCUGGUCAAACGGGGACCUGGGAAGGUCAAGGUUUUAUUUACGGGUGAAAACGAAGAAGCGGAGUUUGAAGUCUUAAACACACUUCACUUUGAUGCCACACGCAAGCGUAUGUCUGUGAUUGUCAGGCACCCCAUAUCUCGAGAGAUUGUCUUGUACGUGAAAGGCGCCGACUCCUGCAUCUUCAAUGUGUUACAUAGAAAAUAUCAAGAGGAUGAAGAAUGCAAAAGACUGUUAGAGGCCACACAUAAAUACCUUGAGGGCUAUGCAUUGAGAGGUCUGCGGACAUUAUGUAUGGCUAAGAAGGUCCUGAGUGAGCAAGAGUACGGGGAGUGGGCCAUCAAGCACAAGAAGGCAGAGAUUGACAUGAACAACAGGGACGAGUUGAUACGGGAGUCUUGUAACCUCAUUGAGAGGGAUCUGGACCUGUUAGGUGGCACAGGUAUAGAGGACAAGCUCCAGGAAGGUGUUCCAUCUACCAUCUCAAACCUGCGCAAGGCUGGCAUGAAAGUCUGGGUCCUUACAGGUGACAAACAGGAAACAGCCAUACAGAUUGCGUACGCCUGCCACCUCUUCUCACGAGACCAGAACGUCAUCACCCUCAACGCUGACUCCAUGGAGGAAACCAAAGCCAGGCUUGACAGUGCUCUGGCUGACCUCAGGAGUGAGCUGCUGCCCACGGACGCCCACAGCCUCUCCACCUCUGAGAGCAACAUUUUGUCCCGCUCGUUUAUUUCCCUCCACUCCGUGGCUAACGAGAAGGAGAGUAAUUACGCCCUAGUCAUCGAUGGUCCGACUCUAAAUCACGCGACAAGCCCGGAGUUAGAGAAACGUUUCUUGAAGAUUUGCAUGAACUGUCAGUCUGUUGUUUGCUGCAGAGCCACGCCCAUCCAGAAGGCAACAGUUGUCAAGCUUGUCAGAGACAACCUUAAAAAGAUGACCCUGGCUAUUGGUGACGGUGCUAAUGACGUCAGCAUGAUCCAAGUUGCUGACAUCGGUGUUGGCAUCUCUGGUCAGGAGGGCAUGCAGGCCGUCAUGUCCUCGGACUUUGCCAUCUCUAAAUUUAAAUUCCUGGAGCGUCUGCUACUGGUCCACGGCCACUGGAACCUUGAGCGCCUGGCCAAGUUUGCUGCCAUCAUGUUCUACAAAAGUCUGCUAUCUGUGCUGGCACUGUUCUGGUUCCAACUGUUCAGUGGUUUCUCUGGCUCUCUGAUGAUUGACAGCCUCUACCUGACCAUGCAGCACGUCAUCUUCACGGCCGCCCCGCCCCUGGCCAACGGGAUAUUUGACAAAGAUCUGGCCGCUGAAACCCUGCUGUCUGAACCAGCCUUGUAUAAACCUGGACAGAAAGGGAAGAUGUACACACAGUGGACGUUUUUGAUUGUUACUAUAGACAGUGUGUACCAAAGCAUAAUGAUUUACUUCAUUCCUCAUUUGGCAUACAUGAAUCAAAGUAUAGAUAUCUGGGAAUUUGGGACAACUAUUGACGUCUGCAUGAUCUUGUCUAUAUUGUUGCACAUGGGUAUAGAAACUAAUAGUUGGGUGUGGAUCCAGUGGGGUUCUAUAGUCCUGAGCUUCGUCCUGUUCUGGGGUUUCCUCCUCAUCUCCAAUGCUGUUUUCUUCACAUUUGACCACCCGUCCAACCCCUACUGGGUGAUGGAGAACACCAUAGCCACUGCCUCCCAUUCCCUGAUUGUUGUGCUCACAUGUUUUGUUUCAUUGUUACCCAGAUUAUUAGUUCGAACUCUCCAAAUGUCAAUUUGGCCAAAUGAGAUUGGGGUUGCCAAGCAGAAGGAAAAGGACCAGGAGCAAGAACUCUUGAAGCAGGAGCAGACAGACAGCAGCGCCACCAGCCAGGACGAGUCAGUCAGUCAGGACAUGAACUCUUACGACCAGAAACAAAACGGCAGCCUGUUGUUGUCCGGCCUGUCUUACCCAGGCUGCCCGAGCUUUCACAACUCAAGGGACGCAACUCACCACAGCACAAGGGAGCCUACUCAGCAUCUGUACAUUAAGCACCACAAGUUUGGAGCUGAUAACAGAGGAUUUCAGGGGGAUUGGACUCCGCCCUCAGAAAACAAGGUCAGAGUUCAUUCUCAUCUUGUUCCUCUUAAUGACGUCCAGGUGAGGCAGAGAGGGAGGUUUCCCUCCUCCGCCUCCUCUGUUGAAGAAUCAGUCAUCACGUAGGUCAUCUUUUGAGUCACAUAGGUCAUCUUUUGAAUCUAGGUCAUUUAUUUUUAGUUGUUUACAAAUUAAAGUUUGUAAUGCAUACAACCUAAAUAAAAAAAUUAAUUAAAAAAAGCCUGAUUUACUGAAAACAGAUUGUAAUGAAAGAAUAUACCAUCUCAUGCGGUGAAUGAAACAUGCAUAGAAAUUACAACUUGAGAAACCGUAACAAACUGUUAAAUAUAAAUCUACUUAAUUAAAACAUGACUGUUAAUUGUAAAUGUACUUAAAAUUAAAACUGGACUAUUAAUUAUAAAUGUACUUAAUUAAAUCAUGACUGUUAAUUAUCAAUGUACUUAGUUUAAAUAUGACUGUUAGUUAUCAAAAUAUGACA